CACGGACUAGUUAUUGUUUCUGAAAGGGAAUCCUUGCUUGGCUCAAAGCUCCUGGACUUCUAGCCUAUCGGGACAAGCAUCCUUUUCGUGAACAUCCUUGCAACUGAGUAGCUUCCGCUGUUAUUACGACAUUUCCAUAAACCCGCUUUAUUGACUUAAAUUUCGAAUGCCAAUCCAGACUAUCACUAUUUUGCAUUUACAUGCCCGCAUGAGCUCCCUACCACUCGGCGCUGAAAGUCGCAGCAGUCGCGUUUCUAACUCUUCAUACCUAUGGCCCCGAAAAAUAGCUCCCCUGGGUCUGCGAUUGCGCGCGGGGAAGCCUGGCUUGCAUCAGCAAGGAAACUCUGAGGGCUCUGGAGCGGCUAAGGCGGGAUUGAGGAAGCUCUCCGCGAGCCACCGCGAAUGCGUUACGUUUGAUGCUGCCAAAGAAGAAAGCCGCAAAACGCGUCGCUUGACAUUCACAUUCGAUGACUGGAAGCGACACCGGAGUGGCAGCCGCUACCUGUACCACCUCAAGACACUGGCAGAGUCGGGUAUCGUGCGGGGUAUCGCUGCCCCCGUGGCGUGGGUCACCGCCUUCACAGGGGUUGUGGCCGCCUUCAACUCCGCCCACGCCGCCCGCCUGCUGCCUCCCUGGCUGCCCCCCCUGCCCGCCAUAGCGCUGGAGCCCAUGCAGCUCACCAGCUUCGCGUUGUCGCUGCUGCUGGUGUUCCGCACCAAUGCCAGCUACAGCCGCUGGGACGAGGGGCGGCGCAGCUUCGGAGCCAUCACCACCACCUGCAGGGACCUGGCGAGGCAGGCUUGCUCCUGGUUUCCCUCCGGCCCUUCCCCCCAGCAGCAGCAGCAGCAUGACUCCUCUUCUUCCCCCUCCUCCCCUUCCUCCUCCCCCUCCUCCUCUCCAAGCUCCUCCUCCCCCUGCUCCCCUCGCCCCCACCUGGCCCGCUGGCUGGUGGCGCUGGGGCGGAGCUGUGUGGUGCACCUGCGAGAGGAGCACCGACUGGAGGAUGAGCUCCGAGACGUGCUGCAGCCCCAGGAGCUGGCGGCGGUGGUGGCGUCCGCACACCCGCCCAACUUCUGUUUACAGAUGAUAACCUGGAUCAUUCGGACAGCGGGGCUGCCCCAGGAGCUGGUGAUGCGCAUGGAUGAGAACGUGAGCCGCCUGACCUCCUCCCUGGCCGCCUGCGAGCGGCUGCUCAACACGCCCCUGCCCCUGUCUUACACCCGCCACACCUCCCGCUUCCUGAUGGGCUGGCUGGCCUGCCUGCCGCUGUGCCUCUGGAGCUACUGCGGGCCCGCCAUGAUUCCCAUCGCGGCUUUGGUGGCGUUCGUGUUGCUGGGAAUCGAGGAGAUCGGGGUUUACAUAGAGGAGCCGUUCAGCAUCCUGGCUCUCGAGAAGCUGGCUGGCAAGAUGGAGGCCGCCAUUGCUGCAAUGCUGGCGGAGCGGGAGACCAUUCAACGGCUUGUGACAGGCAACAGCAGCAGCAACGGGAAUGCAGCAGCUGCUGCUGCUGCUGCCCCCGCUGCGCCUGCAAACACCAACGGCACCACCGCCACCGGCGACAAGCCCGCUGCUGCUGCCGCCCCGCCGCUUACCCUCGGCAGCAGCCCCCUCCAUUCCCUCGGAGCAACGCCCGGGUGACAUCUGCUGCUGUGGCUUAGGACUAGCGUAGACAGGACGGCG